AUGACUAUUGUCCAGAGCGCUAGGGGCUCCGCUUUCAACAAGGGUUCAUCUUUACUGAGACGUUGGAUACGAUCGAGAACUUGUAAUAAUUUGCCGAUACCAGUAGAAUACUGUCUUUGCCGAUACGAAAAGAAAGAGUUGAAAGAUGAUCGCUUACGACAAAGAAUUGGUGAGUUUAUCGCUAGCCAGCUGAAUACGUACCUUACAAAUGUAGGGAUCGCGAACAUAUGCCUCAAUCAGGAAUACGAAAAGACGUUGGACGCUCAACAAUUGCAAACUGGAGAGAACACAACACUCUAUUCAAUGUUCGUAAGGCUAAAACCAAUGAAAGGAGAUUUCACGGCAGAGGUACUGGGAACCACAUCCGGUUUCCAGCUUGUCUCAGGUUUCGACAGAUGGGACCACAGAAAACGAGGACAUUGUGCACCCAAAGUGUUUCGUCCACUUUGUCAGUGUUCCUCAACCUAA